AAUGCGUCUACAACGACUGGUAGUUUGUUUGGUAGUACUAUGUCAUCUAGUCUACUUUCUUCACGGGCGCACGCGGGUAAUACGCAGCAGCAGCAGGUCGAUGUCCAAUCGCAGUUCACAACUUUGACACAACGCAUAGAAGGCAUAGCACGUGCAUGGGACUCUAAUGUUCCAGAAUGCCGUUUCCAACAUUAUUUCUACAAUUUAGUUGAUCCUAAUCAGGUCAAUCUCUAUGGGCGACCACCGAAUGCUACGAAUGAAACAUUGUGGCAAAAAGCCGUUCGCGAAAAUCCAGAUCCUACUUGUCUUGUCCCCGCUCUUGCUGUCGGGUUUGAUGACCUUCGACAACGGGCGGAUGCCCAAUCUCAACAAGCAUCAGAGCAGCAAGAAAAGCUGAAGGUA